AUGGAGGCCGUUGUUGCUGCCAAGAUAGCUGCUCUCUUUAUAGUGUUAGUUAUAUCAGUCAUAUUUGGGAAUACCCCUUACUGGGUUCUAAAGAGACGACAGACGCCCCAGGGAACCCGUCGGAGAAACUUAUUCAUUGCCAUUUUCAAUGCGUUUUCUGGGGGAGUUUUUCUCGGAACGUGUCUUCUUCAUCUGAUGGUGGAAGGUCGAGAGGAGCUGGAAGUUGCCUUUAGUGCCUAUGGCGUUCAUAUAGAAUAUCCUCUAUUCGAGGUUCUCGUGGCUUUUGGAUUCUUUGCCAUAACGUUUAUUGAUUUCGUUGCUGAACUGUGUUUCCAUGGCUCAAGCAGCGUUAUUCUGGAAGACAAGAAGCCGAAACCCCCAAUGGCUGCUGUGGAAACCUCAACCAUCAGAGCUGUUCUCUUACUGAUUGCUUUGUCCUUCCAUACCAUUUUCGACGGACUUGCGAUCGGAUUACAAGAGCAGGACGCAGACGUUUGGCAGGUGCUUGUUGCUAUUAGUGUACAUAAAGGUUUAGUCGCCUUUUGUUUAGGACACCAGCUUUAUCAAGCGUAUAAAGAACGUACCAAGUUGGCUUUUAUUCUGGUUCAACUGUUCUGUUUAAUGUCGCCAAUAGGUAUAGCUUUAGGCAUUAUCAUCACUUCCGGUAAUAUAGACGGUGGUGCUCAGACUAUGACGUCAGCAGUUUUACAAGGUAUUGCUUCAGGAACAUUUUUAUACGUCACAUUCUUUGAAAUUCUGAGCACCGCCUUUACCCAUGGACAAAGUAUUUGGAAUAUCGUGCUGGCGUCAGUGGGAUUCGCUGCCAUGGCGGCUGUGAAAUUAUUAGACUCCGACUAA